AUGUUCAGAAAGAUCCACUCCAUUCUCCACCACAGCCCACAGAGGAAGGCAGCGGCCGAGGGCCCCUACUACACAGGAACCAGCCCUACUGUCAGGCUGUUUCGCAGUACUUCCAUGUAUGUGGUUGCGGACCACUUUGAGAGGCCCAGCGAGUCCUUAAAGAAGUACAGAAGCACCCACAGCAUGGACACCAGCCUGCACUAUCUGCAGCAGGAGGACCGUGCCUGGAUGUACUCACGCACCCAGGACUGCCUGCAGUACCUUCAGGAGCUGCUGGCCCUGCGGAAGAAGUAUCUUAGCAGUCUGGGUGACCUGAGGCCCCGGCGCGCACAGGGCACAGGCUCCACCUCUUCCAAGUCUUCCAAGGGAACAGUGCAGAAGACCCCAGGAGAAGGCAAGAAAGCAGCCUCAAAGAAAUACUCCCAGUUCAGCACUGAUGUGGCAGAGGCCAUCGCCUUCUUUGACUCCAUCAUUGCAGAGCUAGAGACAGACAAACGGCCGAGAGCUUCUGAGGCUGACCUGCCUAACGAAGAUGUGGACUUCGAUGUGGCUACCAGCUCGCGGGAGCACAGCUUGCAUUCCAACUGGAUUCUGCGGGCACCGCGAAGACAUUCCGAGGCCAUCGCUGCCCAUGCCACAGCAGAUAGCCGGUUUCGGAGGAGCACAGAGCACAGGGUCGCUGGCACCCAGCGGAGGCUUGAGAGACACCCCAUUUACCUGCCCAAGGCUGUGGAAGGGGCAUUCAACACCUUGAAAUUUAAGCCCAAAGCCCACAAAAAAGACCUAGGGAGUUCCAGACAGAUCCUUCGAAACUUCUCCAAAGAGGACACGGAGUGGGAUGAAGAGUUCUUCAUGCAGGAGUCCCUGGUGUCUCUGGAGGAGGAUCAUUACGGGACAGAGAAUCCCAAAGGGGAGUGGCUGGUCCGAGAAAGACUCUGGGAGAGGACAGUGCCCUGA